AUGCGAGAGAGUGAGAGAGAAGAGUUAUGGAAUGGAAGAGUGGAAUCAGGAGCGAGCGUGGGAUUCGUUUAUAUGGAAGAGAUAGGCAAGGAAGGAAGAAGGAACAUGUCUCGGCAUGGUGGCCUGAUGGCCCAUGAACCCGAGCCAAGGCUCACUCACAUUUGUGAAGUCGCUGCAAAACAUCGUCCAAAACACAAAAGGGGAGCGAGUGAGUGA